AAGUAACCGCCCUCGGAACCAUUCUGAAAUUACAUUUAUGCCCUUACCUUCCUUCUUCUUCCCUGUCUCCCUAUAUAAACCUGCCUUCACUUGAAAACCGUUUGCGCAACUGACUCCCGAAAACUGUGCUUCUGCUCUUUCUCUCUCCUCAUCUCCUUCAACGUUCACUCUCUCUCUUAAAGGAUGGCUUCUUCUGGUUGCGUAGCGUCUCCACCUUCGAGAAACAAAACGACGAUGUCGCGUUCUUCUUCGUCGGCGUUUGCUUCGUCGUCUUCGAGUUUCGCUCCACGGUCGUCUACUUUCUUGACGCGCUCAUCGUCACCCACGCACCUCAGCCUUAUUGGCAGUCGAUUGCGGCCUCCGUCUUCAUCUUCGCCUUCGCCGUCGACGCCGUCAACGUCAACCUCCAUGACAUUCUCUAUCGAUAGGUCGACUUCUCCACGACGGUCGAUGUCGGUGACGAAGCAGACGAACAAUGCGGUGUCGAGUAACAAGAGAAUGUGUAUGUGUGCCCCUACAACGCACCCUGGCUCGUUCCGAUGCGCCUACCACAAGCGUCUGGCCGAACAGCAGAAGAAUCGAGCGGCGUCGCCUGGUCUUCAAUCCUCGAGUACGAGUCUGAAUCUUCGGCGAUCGGCUAUGAAGAACUCUCUGGUGAGAAUCGGCGGUGUGGAGGGUGAAUUGGUGAAGAGGACACUGACCACUCUAAUUAGACCUUCGUCGCAUCAGCUACGACGACGAGAAGGCUUUCAACCAAGGCGGAGCCGACUCUGGAUGAUGUCCUAUGUUGAAGUCGAGUAGUGCUUCUGUUUCCGGAUACAUCCCUUGGCUGACUCUUUAUCUUCUUUCGGAAGAUUAGUAAUUACUCUGUUCUUCGGAUCAACAACACUGAAUUAAGAGUAACAAUUUUGGAAGUGGUGAUAUGAUAGAACUAUUUGUAAAUAUGGGGAUUGUUGUGAAUAAAUUUUUCUUUCAACCAUUGAUACUCGGAUCUGAAGAAUUCGUUGAUGCUACUAUUUGAAUUUGAUGGUCGAAUUUGUUAUUUUAUUUAGUUGGAUCUGUGGUUUCUGUCCAUAAUUUAAGUGACAAAUACAGAAUUCGGAAGCAGCUGAAGAUUUAUUUAUUUAUUUCUUUUGGGAAGAUGUUGAAAAUUUA